AUGAGUUUAUUUUUAAUUGGUGAUUCGAUCACAUUGACAUUAUUAAUUUUCCUAAUACUUAUUUUUGUUUAUUAUGUUUAUAAUCUACGAACAAAUAAUAUAUUUCGUCGAAUUGGAAUACCUGGUCCAGCUCCUAUUCCACUUCUGGGUGAAUUGUUUAACGCUAUGCGAAGGGGAAUGUAUAAAAACGAUGUGGCUCUUAUUAAAAAACAUGGCAAAAUUGUUGGCAUUUACGAAGGAAUAACUCCGAUUAUUCUUGUCACUGAUCCAGAUAUUCUUCGAAAUGUUCUUAUCAAAGAUUGUCAUGUGUUUGUCAAUCGACGAGUUAUCGAAGGUGGAGCAGGUCCUUUUGAACAUGGACUUACUGUAUUGAAAGAUGAACAAUGGAAAAAUGCUCGUUCAAUUGUUUCACCAACAUUCUCUUCGGCAAAACUCAAAGCAAUGCAUAGUCUUAUGAAUGAUGUUAGUGAUAUGUACAAUGAACGUCUUCUUGAAUAUGCUGAUAAACAAGAAAUAUUUGAUAUUAAGACUAUAAAUGGUCAAUAUACUCUUGAUAUUAUUGCAAGUUGUUUAUUUGGUGUUGAAACAAAUUCAUUAAAAAAUGAAAACAUAAUUUUAAUCAAUCAUUUGAAAAAAUUCUUUACUCUUACUUUGACAAGAAUAUUUCUUCUUUUUAUCUUCUUAACACCACGAUUGGGUUCUUAUUUAGGAAAGAAAGGUUAUACAGUUUUACCAAGAGACUCUCUGGAAUAUACAGCUAAUAUUGUAAUUCAAGUAAUAGCUCGACGACGACAAUGUUUAGAAAGACGAAAUGAUUUUAUUCAAAUGAUGAUUGAUCAUGAAGAAGAAAUAAAAGAUCAAGAAGUAGGACAACAAUCGAAAUCACUUAGAAAAACAUUAUCGGAUAAAGAAAUUCUUAGUCAAGCUCUAGUUUUUCUAGCCGCUGGUUAUGAAACAUCAAGUGUAUUAAUGUCAUUCUUUUUCUAUGUCAUGGCAACAGAACCAGUUAUUCAAGAAAAAGUUUAUCAAGAAAUUCGACAAGAACUAGGAGAUGAUGAAGUUACUUAUGAAAAAUUAAAUCAACUUCAGUAUUUGGAUAUGGUAAUUAAUGAAACACUUCGAAUGUAUCCACCAGUCAUAAGGCUUGAUCGUGUUGCAUCGAAAGAUUAUCAACUUGGUAAUUAUCUUAUACCAAAAGGUACGAUUAUUCACGCACCCGUAUAUCCUAUUCAUCAUGAUUCUGAGGUAUGGCCUGAACCGGAAAAAUUCAUACCUGAAAGAUUUUUGCCAGCUGAAAAAGCUAAACGACAUCCAAUGGCAUUUUUGGCAUUCGGUGAUGGACCUCGGCAAGCACAAAUUUUUGCUUUAGAAGCUAAACUUGGCAUUGUUCGAGCACUUCGUCUUGUAGAAUUUGAAAGAUGUGAAGAAACAGAAGUUCCACUUCAAUUGGGAAAAAUAAUAGUUUUAAAUAGUAAAAAUAGUAUUUUUCUACGUGUUGUUCGUCGUUCACAAUAA